AUGUUCAACUUCAACUUCUUCAAGUCUUCCCCCGCUGAGUCUGAGUGCUCCCAGGAGAACUCCUGGAACGGCAACACUGUCGCUAUGCAGCAGCCUGCCAGCCCUGCCGCUCCUUCUACCGAGAACGUCGUCUCCCAGCAGCCCGCAAACCAGGAGCAAAUGUCCAUGCAACUGCGCGGUGGUGGUGGUGGUGGUCUCUGCUGCGGAAUCUGCGCCGGUCUUGCCUGCUUCGAGUGCUGCGAGAUCUGCUGCUAG